AAGAAGGUGUGGAGCGCGCGGCGGCUGCUGGUGCUGCUCUUGGCGCCGCUCGCGCUGCUGCCGGUGGUCUUCGCCCUCCCGCCCAAGGAAGGCCGCUGCCUGUUUGUCAUCCUGCUCAUGGCGGUGUACUGGUGCACGGAGGCCCUGCCCCUCUCGGUGACAGCCCUGUUGCCCAUCAUCCUCUUCCCCUUCUUGGGCAUCCUGCCCUCCAACAAGGUCUGCCCCCAGUACUUCCUGGACACCAACUUCCUCUUCCUCAGCGGUCUGAUCAUGGCCAGCGCCAUUGAGGAGUGGAACCUGCACCGGAGAAUCGCCCUCAAGGUCCUGAUGCUCGUUGGGGUCCAGCCAACCAGGCUCAUCCUGGGGAUGAUGGUGACCACCUCCUUCCUGUCCAUGUGGCUAAGCAACACCGCCUCCACUGCCAUGAUGCUGCCCAUCGCCAGCGCCGUCCUGAAAAGUCUCUUUGGCCAGGAGACUCGGAAGGACCUCGGCCAGCAGAGCGAAGAGAACGCAGCUGCUGUGCGGAGAAACGGGCUGCACGCGGUGCCCACGGAGGUGCAGUUUCUUGCUGGCACGGAAGACAAAGACUGCCCUGAGGCGGAGGCUCCCUUGGACUGCAAGAAGGAGGGGGAAUACCACAGGAACAUCUGGAAGGGUUUCCUUAUCUCCAUUCCCUACUCAGCCAGCAUUGGGGGCACUGCCACCCUCACGGGCACGGCCCCCAACCUCAUCCUGCUUGGCCAGCUCAAAAGUUUCUUCCCACAGUGCGAUGUGGUGAAUUUUGGCUCCUGGUUCAUUUUUGCCUUCCCUCUCAUGCUGCUGUUCCUGCUGGCGGGCUGGCUGUGGAUCUCCUUCCUGUAUGGGGGAAUGAGCCUGAGGGGCUGGAGGAGGAAGAAGAAAUCCGAGAUCAAGACGGAUGCAGAAGAUAGAGCUCGAGCAGUGAUUCGGGAAGAAUUCCAGAACCUGGGACCCAUCAAGUUUGCCGAGCAGGCCGUGUUCACCCUCUUCUGCAUGUUCGCCAUCCUCCUCUUCUCCCGGGAUCCGAAGUUCAUCCCUGGCUGGGCCAGCUUCUUCACCCCUGGGUUUCUUUCCGAUGCUGUCACUGGAGUGGCCAUUGUCACCGUCUUGUUCUUCUUCCCGUCCCAAAGGCCCUCUCUCAAGUGGUGGUUUGACUUUAAAGCUUCCAACGCGGAGACAGAGCCCUUGCUGACGUGGAAGAAGGUCCAGGACACGGUGCCCUGGAACAUCAUCCUUCUCCUGGGAGGGGGCUUCGCCAUGGCCAAAGGCUGCGAGGAGUCGGGGCUAUCUGCGUGGAUCGGUGGGCAGCUGCACCCCCUGGAGAACGUGCCGCCCCCGCUGGCCGUGCUGCUCAUCACUGUCGUCGUCGCCUUCUUCACCGAGUUUGCCAGCAACACGGCCACUAUCAUCAUCUUCCUGCCCGUCCUGGCGGAGCUGGCCAUCCGCCUGAGGGUGCACCCCCUCUACUUGAUGGUCCCCGGCACAGUCAGCUGCUCCUAUGCCUUCAUGCUCCCGGUCUCGACGCCCCCCAACUCGAUUGCCUUCGCCUCUGGACACUUGCUGGUCAAAGACAUGGUGCGGACAGGCCUCCUGAUGAACUUGAUGGGCGUCCUCCUGCUCAGCUUGGCCAUGAAUACUUGGGCACAGACCAUCUUCCAGCUGGGCACCUUUCCGGAUUGGGCCGACAUCCACUCAGCCAACAUCACAUCACUGCCGUCCGCCUUGCCCAACGACACAUUUCGGACCCUUUGAGCCCCGCUCCGGGACUCUCUUUGGGCUGGGCCCUCCCAGAAGGCUUUUGCCAUCACCCGCUGCUGGGAAACAAGCUCUCUGAGCUGUUCUGUGGCUAGGAUGCAAAGGAGCCUUAUUUCAGCAAUCUGGAAUGGUGUUUGUCUUAAACAGUUGGAAACGGGGGCCACCGAAUCGCAUGGGCACAACUGACAUCCCCCACUGCCUGCUUUAGGUUUCACUCUGGAGAGAUCGUCUCGCCUUGAGAGCUCGCCUGCCUCACAGAGGCUUUUGGGGCUGCGCUGUGCCAGUCCUUCACAGGCGGUGUGUGUUCUGCUCGGCUGGUGCCCCUCCCGUGCCCGUCGUUUGAAUUUUACCGCUGCCAAUCCCCGGCAGCUAGGGUUAUUUCCAAUCCCUGGAGACGGGGGGAGGGACAGAUGACUUCCUGAGGAGGUGGAGGCUGUGCAAAGCCUCCCUGCUGCUCCUCUGUGCGCCUGAGCGCGCCAGGAGAGUUCUAGAAAUCCCAGCUGACGCCUCUACCUACCCUGUUUAGGAUUUUCCUGUUUAAUCGAGUCAGUUUGACCGUAAUUCUGGGGUCAGGCCAAGCCUGGGCCCUAAUGUCUCACGAGUGGCCCAAGGUUCUUCCAGCAAGGACUCCCGUCCUUUGAGGACCUUUGAGGCCAUCAGCCCUUCCUCGUUCCAGCAGCUGGUCUUUACCUCCCCACCCACACCCCAGGGGGUAAGCAUGUUUAAUGAGCCAAGGCCACGUAUUUCAGAGAUGAGAAAAAAAUAAAAAGUCAGAAGAUAGAUUGGAGCCUCGCAAGAGGCCAGGGUGAAAUUUCUCAGGCAGGCAAAAUAUCGUAACCUUCUUCUCCAGACGGGGUCAAGGGAGACUCCCCUGAGCCAGUGGCUGGUGGGAGCUGUCCUAGAAGAUGGGAUCCCUCCCUGUUUCCAGCAGAAACGUCUGGGCAUCCCCCGUGAACAGCACCGUAUUAGGUCCCGUGGGUGCUCAGAAAGUGGAAAGAGCCGCCCAGCGUUAGCCUGGCUCCAGCAAAGGUGACAGGAAGGGGUCCAGAAGCCUUAUGUCUCCCCUUCCUACGCAUCUGAGGGCUGAGGUUCUCUGGGCAGCGUGGGCUGGGAAGGCAGCACCCAGAGACUGAACUCAGUACGGUACGAGUGAGUCACAGAUGUUUCCCUGGGAGCAGGAGGGAGAGAGGAGAGGCCUCCAAGUUGGAGAAUGCGAUCCAUCUCUUCCCACGUGAGCACUUUAGUAUUUAGCCACAGUUACAGCCCAUGGGGGUUGGAGGCUGCUCUCCUGGAGAACAGGGGACGGGAGAAACCCAUGGGACCUGUAACCUGAUGAAUUGUGAUUUCGAAUCCUGAUUGAAAACGCUAUAAAAUAAAGAAUGUGAAUCAACA